AUGUUAGAAUCAUAUAAAAUCAUCUAUGGAUAUGUUCCAUCUCUCGUCCUGUCUAUCAUUGCUAUAGCUCUAUUUGCCGUUGGCUUUGUUGGACAUGUCUUUCUUCUAUCCAAGUACCGUACCUGGUACUUCAUCCCCAUCGCCAUAGGCACCGCAAUGGAAAUCAUCGGCUACAUCUUCCGCAUCCUCUCCAACGUCGACAACCCCUAUGCAGUAGCCUACUUUGUUGCUCAGUACUUCUGCAUUGUCGUCGCACCCGUCUUCUUCAGCGCAUCCAUCUACUCCAUCGCCUCCGUCUUGACAAACUUCUACGGUCGUCACUGUUCUCCUCUACCGCCAAAACUCAUCCUCUGGGGCUUUGUAAGCUGCGACAUCAUAGCCACAGUCCUCCAAAUCGUCGGCGCUGCAUUGGUGGGAACAGCCUACUCCAACCGCGAAGACCCGACCGAUUACAACACCAUCUUAUUCUCGGGCCUCUGUUUCCAAGUGGUCUCCUUUGCGCUGUUUCUGAUUGUGCUGGUGUGUAUUCUCGUAAAGACAAGAAACAGUGUCCACGGUGUGUCGCGUGGGUUCUUGGUUGCCUUUGUUGUUGCGUCUUUGGCUGUGUAUCUACGCACAUGCUUUAGAUUGGCAGAGACGGCUCAGGGUUUAGAGUCCGAUUUGGCUACUCACGAGGUUUACUUUGGAUGUUUGGAGUUUGCGCCCAUGGUCGUGGCGGUGUUUUUGCUUAUGUGUGGGCAUCCUGGAAGAUUCCUUAAAGGUGUGUCGAUGGUUAGAGUCAAGGACUCGCCUAGUAUUUCGAGUUGCUAG